AUGGAAGAGGACCUGCUGCAGAAAUACUCUGCCGAUGCGAACGAGGCCGCUUCCACUUUGUAUGAAGGUGUCGAGGAUGCCGAUAUGGAGUAUCAGGACCGAGCUCAGAAGAGGCCGUCCGUUCCUGCCGUCGUUUCCACACCAUACGUUUCGGCCGUGGAGCAAAAUACCAAGACCGGGGCGCAGAACCUCGAGUUCCAAAGCACAAGAUCUGAAAAAUCAAAAAUCUUGGAGCAGCGUAUGCAAGGCUUGGGUCUGUACUUUCGUGAAGGCAAGCUUGAGCAUGAGGAAAAGAUGCGCAAGAUGCUGAACGACGAGAUCAAGAAGCUGAGGGACGAGCUGAGAUCCGAGAUGAUGAACCAAAAUGAGGAAAGAUGCGCCGGACGAGGUGAAAUCCGAGCUGAGGGCACUCUCUUCGGCCCUACGUGA